AAAUAAAGAUUAAUCGAUGCACGCUGGCACUUAGAGUGAAAUAAUCGUUUACAAAUUUUGUGAGGAUGAAAAUAGCGUUACUCUUCGGUUGUUUGGCUCUGGUAGCGGGGCGUACUAUCACUCUACAGAAAACUUCAUUGACUUUGACAGAAGAUUCUGAAGAUGCAGACGAACUAAAUGACAUUCUGCGGACCGUUCUUAGCUACUCUGACGUCACUUCCGGUGAACAAUAUGGCGGCAUUGUUCAAGACUGUAGUAAAGGGAAAUGCGAGUAUUGCAAGAAAAUGUAUCGACAUGAAGGCUGCUACAUAGCAACCUUAGAGAAGGACACUAUCGUGGUAACAAUUACAGUAGACAAGAACCCGAUACUGAAAACAGUCAUCAAAGGUCCAAAUCCACCGGCAGAGUGUAAGCCAUCCAUACCAGGUUUUCCUCCGUCUGUUAAAGAUGUCUGCUUACAGGUCAAUGACGUUAAUCUCCAGCAAGCAUCCGGUUGCGUUUAUGUCUCUUUCAAGGUCAGUGGCAGAAAAAUGACACAGAAAUUUGGUUGUUUCAAGAUACCAAAAAGCGAUGGUAUGACCCAGAUAACAGAAACUGGGCAGUUGCAGGAUGAAGAACAUGGCACCAGAGCUGCAAACCACGAAGAGACCGUUCUCAUGUUUGAGAGAGUGAAUACGGAAGCUUAGAUGCGAAAAUCGAUUCUUUCAAGCACUUAUAUACCAGAAAAAUAUUAAAAUAUAUUAUUGACACUUGCAUGUAAAAAUGCACAUUCCUUACACCAUUUAUAUUAGUCUAUACCUGCUUUUUGUCUCGUUUAGUUAGCAUAUGUGACAGUACUAUAUAUUCUCAUAUUAGAUACGACAUAAGACAAUACGUACCACAACCAUAUCGCACGGUAGCGAUCC